CAACUAUUUCCUGGUAAAUCGAUGGGUAUAAAUUCUGUACUGAGACAGGAUUGGUCAUCAGUUGAAGUCAACUACCUUAUCACAAACUUCAGGAUGAAUUCUGCGACAGUUCUCCUACUUAUCGUUUUGGUUUCUGCGGGUUGCGCUCUUUCAAAUCCCGCCACGCCUCCAACAACCCUUGAAGAGGAUUUCGACAAAAUUUUCUCGAUUUUCAAAAGACUCAACAGUGGCACCAAGAAUAAUAUGCUCGUCCAUGAACUCAUUACGGGGGUUGAUUGCCUGAUGAGAAGACUUUAUUACAAUUGGCCUGGGCCCCAAGUUCGCGAGGGUCGAAAUGCAGAUCUAUCGGAUGAAAAGUGUACUAUUUGCGUUCUAUGGAGUCAUUUCAUAGAUCUUGUCGAUGCUCUAAAAGGAGCUCUCCCUAAUAAUACAGGACCAACCAGCACAACCAACGCAACCAGCACAACUGUGGAUGGAUAGGGAUCACGGAAAUCGGGUUUAUCUGGUUUUUGAAUAAAAUUGUUGCAUCGAUAAA